CGCGAAUCCCGAGACGGGCACAGAGCAGCUCUUGAGGAUAACGAGUGUCCACGAACGGCCAUGUCCGAGCAGAUCAAUCAUGCCGAAACGCAUCGCACGAGACCAGCGAGCGAUGUUGCAUCUGGUCCGAACAAGAGGCGAAGGGUGGCAUUAGCCUGUGCCAACUGCAGACACCGCAAAACACGUUGCGAUGGCAGACGGCCGAAAUGCUCUCUGUGCACCGAGCUGGGGUGUGAGUGUCUUUAUGAACAAGCGGGAGUCACCACCAGCCUCACUGUCGGGCGCAGCUAUCUUGAACGCCUUGAAAAGCGUCUUAAGAAGAUUGAGUCCGCUUUGGGGCAAGUCCAGGACAGACAAGCAUCGGAAACCCUGAGUCCGGCCAAGUCUUUGAUCAACGGAAAAACCGGGGAUGAUCAAGAUGACGAUGUUAGGCAAAGUAAUGUUGGCUCGAGGGAAUCUGAACACCUCGAGUACGGAGGUAUCGGAGAACUUGACACGGCGGAGGACUCCAUAGAUGGAAUGGGCGCGAUCAAGUUCACAGAUGAGGAGGACUGGGGAUAUUUUGGUCCGUCAUCCAACAUUGCCUUUCUAAGGCAUAUCUCCUUGGCCUUGGCCCGUGUCGGCGAUCCUAGCCCGGCGUUACCGUCACCGUCCAAUCCGGCUGGCGCCGUCGCUGGAGGCAUGAGUGUAUCACGGCCACACCACGCCGAGGAAGAGGGUGCCGGCCACUACCGGGGCCGCGUGCGAGAUGUUGUCAACAUCCACGGACUGCCGUCCGAGGAGCGCACCUGGAUCCUGAUCAAGGAGUACUUUCAAAAGACCGGGCAGCUUCUCCCCUUUGUACAUGAGGAGUCCUUUUGUGCGACCUAUUUCGAGAUGAAGAGGAACAACUUCAAAAUGGCGCGGAGAACAUGGCUGGGUCUUCUCAACAUCAUACUCGCCAUGGCAACAACCUUGCAUGUGGAGGCGGGCAUGUCAGCGGAGGAAAGAAUCGAGGAGUCCGACGUGUACUACCAGAGGGCCAACGGACUGUGCGACAAGGAGUCGAGGCGGAAUAUUAGCCUCGAGCUAGUGCAAUACCUCUUGGUGCUUGGGCAGUAUCUCCAAGGCACCCAAAAGUCCGUCCAGGCAUGGACGGUUCAUGGCCUGGCCAUUACCACGGCCUUUCAGCUCGGCCUCCAUUCUCCCAAGACGAACAAAGAUUUCCCGCCUCUCGAGGGCGAGAUUCGGAAGCGAGUUUGGUUUGGAUGUAUUAUGCUCGAUCGCUCUCUCAGCAUGACGUUCGGGCGACCAUCCAUGAUAACAGAAAGCUACCUCAAGUUGGAACUACCCAGCACGACCUUGCAGGUACUGGGACAAACGCCUAUGCCGUACCCGUCUCCUCAAAAGGACGGCAUGUUCUAUACUGCUACUCUAACAUUGUACAAUGUCAUGUACAAGAUCAUUGACACGUGCUACGGCCAGAAUCUCGGUCUCGAAGAGCACCAAACAGACUCGGAAAUCGUCUCGCUCGUGCUCAAAGGCGAAGAACAGCUCGACGCAUGGCGAGCCUCCCUCGCGCCUCUCCAGAUGUCCGUGUACAACACACCGCUGGGUCCCCAUGAUCUAGAGACAAUGGAAGUGGAAAACAUGACAACUGAAAGAUUCAUCAUCGUUCUUUCGGUGCGCUACCACAACCUGCAGAUCCUACUGCACCGCCCCAUGCUGGAGAGAUUCCUGAACGCAUGCGGAUCUGCCGGUGCCAAUGCGAGCAACGUGAACCCAGCCAAGGGCAGCGGAGGAGAGCGUGGCAUGUUGCAGCACCUCUGGAGCAGCAGUAUCGAGACAUGCAUCAAUUCCGCCGUGGUGCAUUCCGUUGUGCGCACUGUGGUGCUCUCGAGCGGCUGGCGUCGCGACCUCCUUGGUGCUUGGAAUUAUUCUUUAUUCUACACGUUCAACGCUGGUUUGGUAAUAUUCGCCGCCAUGCAGGUGGCGCACGACGAUUGCAAGAAGGAUCCCGCUCGUGUCUCACGUUGGAAGUUUGUCGAAGACGCUCUGCCCUAUUUCAACAUGGCUGUCGAGGCAUUGCAGAAUCUCGACCGCGGGAAUCGUGUGGUCGAACGAUGCGUCAGCUAUUUAUCCCAGCUCAGUCUAGGCCCCAUUGCCUCCUCCUCUUUAGAUGAUGCGAUGGCGCAAUACGGCCAGCACACCCACGGACGAAGCACGCCGGCAGGGGGCGCCACCCAGUUAUCGUCAGCGCGGGCCAUGGCGUCGAUGACGGCGCCUAGCCAAGUGCCGAUAGAGAUUGACCUGAAUGAGUUUAUGCUUGAUACGGAUCUGGACUUUUUCAGCCGAAGUUUCGAUAUAAACUGAGUAUACAGCGGUGGGGUUUCGACUGGCACCAGCGUUUCUAUUGUCAGUCGACUUUCUAGAGGAAACAAGAUCAGACCGCUGACAUCCUGGUUCCUGAUACAACUCGUCUGACGUAUAUGUUCAGUGCCGUCUGCAUUGAAGUAUUGGUGUCACAUAUCAGAAACAGAGCGUGAGUUGGAGAUUUUCGAUAGUCUGGUCUCACCCGUUCUUUCAUCGUUUAACCAGG